CGCGCUGUGUUUAUGUUGAAUCAUAUAAGUUUAAAAAACAUGUUAACAAUUAGUACAGUUCCUAUAGGAGUAUAUAUUAAAUAAAGAAUGUAUACUCAAAAUAUCAUACAAGAUUUUUAUAAGUCACUCAUAGGAAAGAGAAUUUUAUUGAUUGUGAAUUACGAUGUAGAUGCCAUUUGUGCUUGUAAAAUUUUGCAAACUUUGUUCAAAUAUGAUAAUACAUUGUACACGUUAUGCCCUGUAUUGGGAAUAGAGGAUCUUAAAAGAGCAUAUGCUGAAAACUGUGAUGAAAUUAAAUAUAUAAUUCUUCUAAAUUGUGGAGGAUCUGUUGAUAUUGUUGAUCUUUUGCAACUGCCAGAUGAUGUCAUUGUGUAUAUUUUGGAUUCUCACAGACCGAUAGACAUUUGUAAUAUUUACAGUAGUGGACAGAUUAGAAUAUUGGGGAAACCUGAAAGUAAUAUUCCUGCAUUCGAGGAAAUAUUUCGUGAUGAUGAGUCAGAUGAAGAUGAUCAGAAUGAUGAUGAUUCUGAGUCUGAGGAAGGCAUGUCCAGAACUGAGCUAGCUGAACAAAGAAUUUUAAAAAGACGUGAAAAAAGAUUAUGGGAGGAGAAACGAAAUAAAAUCAUGUUUGAUUAUACCCAGUUCAGUUAUUAUGGACCUUCUAGUGCUAUCAUAUUAUUUGAAUUAGCUUGGAAGCUUUCUAAAGACUCAAUGGAAUUAUUAUGGUGGGCAAUUAUUGGUGCAACUGAACAAUUAAUAAUGGAUAAAGUAGAAACGUCACAAUAUACUCUUGAUACUGAAGUAUUACAUUCACAUGUUUCUAGAUUAAUUCAUAGAGCCAAUGAUCAGCAGAUGCAAAGUUCAUUGAAAAUUUCAUUUGAACGUGAUCUCAGACUUGCUCUUUAUAGACAUUGGAGUGUGGAAGCGUCUUUAAGACAUUCAAUUUAUACAGCUUGUAAAUUAAAGUUAUGGACAUUAAGAGGCGAAAAAAAAAUGCAAGAACUUCUUGCUGAAAUGGGGUUGCCAUUAGUGCAAGCAAGGCAAACAUUUUCAUCAAUGGAUUUAACUUUAAGAAAGGAGUUUCACUCCAUGAUAGAAAAACUUGCUGAAAAAUAUGAUCUCAAAGAUUUAGUUUAUGCAUCAUUCACUAUGCAAUAUGGAUAUAGAAAUAAGUACUGUGCUAGUGAUAUAGUAUAUACAAUGUUGUCAAUUUUGGAAUCAACUUCCAAAGAACGCAGUAGAGAAACAUGUUUUCUUGAUGCUAUGGAUUGCCUUUCAAGAAGUCAACGUGGUUUAUUAGAAAAUGGUAUUGAGCAAGCCAAAAAAAUGCUUACAGUUAUAUUUAGGCAGACACAAACUACUCUUGAAACACAUCAAGUUAUGUCUGCUGGUCCUUUUCUUUACUUAAUCCUGGAUGAGGAAAGUCCUUAUUUUUCGAAUCCUUAUGGUCUUAUAAUGUUAGCACAAUUUGCAUUGCGAGGGCAUGUAGCUGUUUCAAGAAGUAGGAGGGCAAAUGCACUUCCAUUAAUAGCUUGUGCUCCUUUGCAAUUACAUGAUACUGCAAUGGGACAGAGGACUGAUAAUGAACUAAAGGCAAUGUCUUCUCAAGAAAUGGAACUUUACGGAAUGUGUUUAAUGGUGGGAUUGCCACCUGUAUGUGAAGAUUCCCCUAAAAAUUUCUUUGGAAAGGCAUUUGAACAAGCAGCUCACAAAUCACAAAUAUUAGCAUUCUCAGACUUUUUUGAUACUUCAAUAGUUAAAAUUAAAUACUCUGACCGAACUAAAUUUCUAGAUGCUUUAACAGCUCUUCUCAGUUAAUAUUAAUAGUUUAAAUAUUACUAAUAAAAUUGUACAUUGUUUUAUCAAUUAUGUAAGUUAUGGACAUUUUAUUAUUGCAGUGCAA